AUGGCAUUGCUGGCUGCAAAGCUUCUUAUAUUUUUGUCUCUCUUUAGGGGCACACCUGUUUCAGCUGCUACUCUGGAUAGCUGUGUUUUCUUGGGAGAAGAGGAGAAAAACAGUCUGUAUGAAGAUGGUGAUGUAGUUAUUGGGGGCUUAUUCCCUCUACACUACAGCCCUGUGCCUUCUCUUCUAACAUACAAAGCAAAACCAACCCCCAAUAUGUAUAAUUUCAGCUCUCGUGCCUUGCGUUGGAUGCAAACCAUGACUUUUGCAAUCACAGAGAUCAAUCAGCGCAUUGACCUCCUGCCACAGCUCAAGCUGGGUUUUCACAUUCGUGACAGCUGUGAUGACAUACCUGUGUCUCUGAGAGCAUUGCUGCUGUUGGUGAACGGCCAGCCAGCGAGCGGCUCCAGAGCCGAGAGUGUUGACAGAGGCGAAGGUGUAGAAAGAAACGUGAAUGAUUCAAAUUUAGGCUGCGCAGCUGUACACAGAACCAUGUCCCCUAUUAUCAUAGGAGAUGCUGCCUCUGGGGUGUCUAUGGCUCUGCUAAGAAGCCUGGGUUCUUUCCAUAUCCCUCUGGUGAGCUAUUUCGCAUCCUGCAGCUGUCUGAGUAACCAAAAGGAGUUCCCCACAUUCAUGCGCACAAUGCCCAGUGACACCUUCCAGAUCAAAGCCCUGGCCCACCUGGUUAGCUAUUUUGGCUGGAGCUGGGUUGGAGUCAUUGGUGUGGAGUCUGACUAUGCUCGCUUUGCAAUCCAGCUUUUCCUCCAGGAGUCAGUGAAGUACAGUGUGUGUGCUGCCUACACUCAUUUCUACCCUAUAGUCCUGAGCCAGCAGGCUCUAAAUGAGCUAAUGGAUGUUAUUGAGCUUAUCCAUUACAUGAAACAAGCUAAUUUUUAUGCACUGGGAGAGAAAGUCAUCAUGGAUCAAAAUGGUGACCCUAGUGCUUAUUAUGAUCUCAUGAACUGGCAGAAGAGGCCUGAUGGUUCAGUGCAUUUGGUUAAAGUAGGCUUCUAUGAUGCCUCGUCGCCUACCAGGCAUGGCCUGGUCAUAAAUGACUCAGUGAUCCAGUGGCCUGUUGGGAAGCAG